UUGGAGACGAGAGGCCUUGGAUUAGAUUUCAAUGGAUUUCGUUCGGUCUUUGCUGGCUAUUUAGUUAUGUAAAUUUGUCGUUUUAGGUGUAAUUUUAUGUCGACAUCAAACGGGUCCUGUUGCCAGGCCUAGGAAUCUGCACAAGCACACAGAGCACACACACUGCUGCCGAGAUGUGGUCAAAGAAGCAAUAUCUGGACAUGGUUAGUCUAUUUCUGCAAGCGAAGCCUCCAAAGCCCCAUGAGCUGAGGCCAUGCUACCAACAGGAGCUGCUCCUGCAUGCCAUCUGUCGCCCUAGGGAGCCGUUUACGAAGGACGAGCUCACGGAUAUAGUCUGGAACAUGACCAAUGGGCCCAAGAAGAAGACUUCCAAGUCCCGGAGACGGCAGAGUGGCGGCAGGGAUGUGCAACGCGAACCCACCGAUCUUGAAGUUGUCUUUGGGGGCUGUGUGAAGACGCCACUUUACUACUGCGGCUGGGAGAGAUCACGCAUCGAGUGGCUGAGCAAGCUGGAGCGGCAGCAUAGCAAGAAGCUGGAGCGCCAUUGCAUAUGGCGGGAGCCGCCAGGAGCCGUUGCCGUCGUCAAGGAAACUCGGCCCAGCUUGUGCAAGGAAGAGCUCAGAAAGGUAGACCAGGACGAGGACAAGAUCAAAAAACCCGGCUGCUGGGCCCUGCUACCCUUCGCCUGCGGUUGGUGCUUUGGGCACUAAUCCAGCAACUGCUUGGACGUGCCCCACCGCAAAGAACAGUUCGUGAUUUCGCCCAUGUGGGUCUACGAGCAGAGGAGGGGCUUAACUUUUCCACUUUUUCGACCUGCCUUUCUACAAUUUGAUUUCGAUUUCCAGUGCUCCGAGACCGCAAUUAAAUUCAUCUGCAGACACAACUCUCGACAAGCGCCGGCAACUGGCAAAAGUUCCCAGUUAGCACUCUGCGGCAAGGGACAAGUGGCUGAGUGGAGAGGAUAAGACUGAAUCCUGAUUUCCACAGCCGCCAGUCAGUGCAUAAUUUGAUGAAUUCGCCAAGUGGCAACUCGAAGACCAAGUUUUAGGGCGCCAAUUGAAAUCGGCGCGAGUUCGUAGGUCGCAGUUGGCCUUUAGUUUUACAAGGCGUUGAGCAUAUAUACUUUAAGCAGCAAUAAAAAGAGAACAAACUCAGCGCCACAAAAAAA